UUUAGUUUCACUUUCAAGAUUGCAGCAAAUCUGCCAUGCCUUCCUGGUGAAAACGACUGAAUUUGGACUAAUGGAAAAAGGAACGGUCGGCUGUUAUCAGAGUAAAUGAAGGCGAGAAUCAUGAACCAGAGUUUACCUUUUCAUAUCUACUUCUUUUUGGGACUGUUGCCCUUGUGGAUACUGUGUACAUCCUCUGCCAAUAAAUGUGUUGUUAGACAAGAAGUAGCUGACUGCAGUCAUCUGAAGUUGACUCAAGUGCCUGAUGACCUUCCGGCAAACAUAACAGUGUUGAAUCUCACCCAUAAUCAGCUCCGAAGAUUACCAUCUGCCAAUUUUACAAGAUAUAGCCAACUUACUAUCUUGGAUGGAGGAUUUAACUCCAUCUCAAAACUGGAGCCAGAAUUGUGCCAAAAACUCCCCCUGUUGGAAAUUCUGAACCUCCAACACAAUGAGCUAUCUCACCUUUCAGAUCAAACUUUUAUCUUCUGCAUGAAUUUGACUGAACUCCAUCUAAUGUCCAAUCCAAUCAAGAAAAUUCAAAAUAAUCCCUUUCAAAACCUGAAGAAUUUAAUCAAAUUAGAUCUAUCUCAUAAUGGUUUAUCAUCUACUAAAUUAGGAAGUCAGCUCCAACUGGAAAAUCUCCAAGAGCUUCUGUUAUCAAAUAAUAAAAUUAAUGUACUGAGACCUGAAGAACUUGAUUUCCUUGGUAAUUCUUCUUUAAAAAAAUUAGAGUUGUCAUCAAAUCCAAUUAAAGAGUUCUCUCCAGGGUGUUUUCAUGCAAUUGGAAAAUUAUUCGGCCUCUCUCUGAACAAUGCUCAGCUGACCCCCAGCCUCACAGAGAAGCUCUGUUUGGAACUGUCAAACACAAGCAUUCAGAAUCUAUCCCUGAGCAACACCCAGCUGUACAGAACGAGCAAUCUGACUUUCGUUGGAUUGAAGCACACAAAUCUCACCAUGCUCGAUCUUUCCCAUAACAACUUAAAUGUGAUUGAGAAUAAUUCCUUUGCUUGGCUUCCACAUCUAGAAUAUUUCUUCCUGGAGUAUAAUAACAUAGAGCAUUUGUUUUCUCACUCCUUUUAUGGGCUUCUCAACGUGAGAUACCUGGAUUUGCGACGCUCUUUUUCUAAACAAAGCAUUUCCCUUGCUUUGCAUCCCAAGAUUGAUGAUUUUUCCUUUCAGUGGCUAAAAUGUUUGGAGUAUCUUAACAUGGAAGACAACAACUUUCUAGGCAUAAAAAGCAAUAUGUUCAUGGGAUUGAUAAAGCUGAAACACUUAAGUCUCUCCAACUCCUUCGCAAGUUUGCGGACUUUAACCAAUGAAACAUUUUUGUCCCUUGCUCAGUCUCCUUUAGUCACACUCAAUCUAACCAAAAACAAAAUCUCAAAAAUAGAGAGUGGUGCUUUUUCUUGGUUGGGUCGCCUACAGGUACUCGACCUUGGCCUUAAUGAAAUCGGGCAAGAACUCACGGGCCAAGAAUGGAGAGGUUUAGAAAAUAUUGUUGAAAUCUACCUUUCCUACAACAAAUGCCUACAACUGACUAGCAGCUCUUUUGCCUUGGUUCCAAGCCUCCGACGACUGAUGCUCCGAAGAGUGGCCCUUAGAAAUGUGGACGGCUCCCCUUCACCUUUUCAUCCUCUUCGAAACUUGACUGUUCUGGAUCUAAGCAACAACAAUAUAGCCAACAUAAAUGCUGAACUGUUGGAGGGUCUUGAGAAACUAGAAAUUCUGGAUUUGCAGCAUAACAACUUAGCAAGGCUAUGGAAACAUGCAAACCCCGGUGGUCCUGUUCAUUUUCUAAAGGGUCUUUCUCACCUCCACAUUCUUAAUUUAGAGUCUAAUGGCUUUGAUGAGAUCCCAGCAGAGGUAUUCAAGGACUUACUUGAAUUAAAAAGCAUUUAUUUAGGAUUGAAUAAUUUAAACAUAUUUCCACCAUCUGUCUUUGAUGGUCAGGCAUCUCUAAAGUCAUUGAACCUUCAGAAGAAUCUCAUAACAUCAGUUGAGAAGAAUGUUUUUGGGCCAGCCUUCAGGAACCUGAGUAAUUUAGAUAUGAGCUUUAAUCCAUUUGAUUGUACCUGUGAAAGUAUUGCCUGGUUUGUUAAUUGGAUUAACCGGACCCAUACCAAUAUCUCUGAGCUAUCAAGCCAUUACCUCUGCAAUACUCCACCUCAAUAUCAUGGUUUCCCUGUGAUGCUUUUUGAUAUAUCACCCUGCAAAGACAGUGCCCCCUUUAAACUCUUUUUCAUAAUAAAUACCAGUGUCUCAUUGAUUUUUAUCGUUAUCGUACUGCUCAUCCAUUUUGAAGGCUGGAGGAUAUCUUUUUAUUGGAAUGUUUUAGUGCAUCGAAUUCUUGGUUUCAAAGAAAUAGACAGACAGCCAGAGCAGUUUGAAUAUGCAGCAUAUAUAAUUCAUGCCUAUAAAGAUAAGGAUUGGGUCUGGGAACACUUCUUUUCAAUGGAAGAAAAAGAUCAAACUCUCAAAUUUUGUCUCGAAGAAAGGGACUUUGAGGCAGGUGUCCUUGAACUUGAAUCAAUUGUUAAUAGCAUCAAAAGGAGCAGAAAAACUAUUUUUGUUGUAACACAGAAUCUACUAAAAGAUCCAUUGUGCAAAAGAUUCAAGGUGCACCAAGCAGUUCAACAAGCUAUUGAACAAAAUCUGGAUUCCAUUAUAUUGAUCUUUCUUGAGGAGAUCCCAGAUUAUAAACUGAACCAUGCACUCUGUUUGCGAAGAGGGAUGUUUAAAUCUCACUGCAUCUUGAGCUGGCCAGUUCAGAAAGAACGGGUAAAUGCCUUUCAUCAUAAAUUGCAAGUAGCGCUUGGAUCCAGAAAUUCAAUACAUUAAAUUUAUUUCAAGACUAAGGUAACAGAGGAGUAACUUUCCCAACUUAAAAAGUUUUGUAGUCAAUUUAGGCUUUAUUUGAAAAUAAUGUAAAUCUGUUUAUUCAUAUUUAGAGAGUAUUGUCCCAUGAUUCUAUCUCUUCUAUCUCUCUAUUGCAGGCCUUUUAUUACCAGCUGAGUUAAUUGGACCCAAAAUAAACAUAUAAGAAUAUCUUCUAUGAAUGAAUAUACAAUUGGUUACUGAGGUCUAUGACAACUUAAGAAAGUUUUAAAAUAUUC